ACAAUGAAGCAGCAGCAUUGGACUCCCAGUGAUCAUUACUGCACAGAUGAGAAAAGCCCUCUUGAAACCCCUUUCCACCACCAUCUCCAGGCUCCUCAAACCUUCAAUCCCUUUGCCAAUCUCACAUUCCUCACCGUCUCUUAAACGGGCGUCUUCCUUUACUCCUCUCCCACCUCCAGAAUGGGUGCAACCCUUCAACGAUCUUUCUGACCUCAUCACCACCGACCCAAAACCCGAGCUCCAGCCCUCCCCCUGGGUUCCAAGAAUUCUCCACUUCUUACAAAACAACAACUUGAACCACCCCUCCACCACCCUUGAGCAAGAACUGACCAGCUUUUGCCAUAAGUAUUUAAUCAGACUCCCUCCCGCUUUUGUUGCGUAUAUUCUCAAGAAAUCUGACCAGCUGCCGGACCGGGCUGAGACCGCCUUUCGAUUCUUUAUCUGGGCUGGUAAGCAAAAGGGGUAUGCCCAUAAUCUUGAGUGCUAUGUGUUUAUGAUUGAGAUUUUGUGUUUGGAAGGUGAUUUUGAUAGGAUUAGGUUGGUUUUCAAUGAGUUUAAAGGUAAGGGGUUCUUGAUGAAUGCGGUUGCUGCUAAUUCUCUUAUUAGGAGCUUUGGGAAUGGAGGGAUGGUUGAGGAGUUGUUGUGGGUAUGGAAAAGAAUGAAGGAUAAUGGGAUUGAGCCUAGUUUGUAUACUUAUAAUUUCUUGAUGAAUGGUCUUGUGAGUUCUAUGUUUAUUGAGUCAGCCGAGCGGGUUUUUGAGGUUAUGGAAAAUGGGAAAAUUAAGCCGGACAUUGUCACGUAUAAUACUAUGAUUAAAGGGUAUUGUAAUUCGGGGAAUGUUAAAAAGGCUAUUGCAAGGUUUCAGGAUAUGGAGGCGAGGAAUGUGGAGCCUGAUAAGAUUACUUUCCUGACUAUGAUGCAGGCUUGUUAUUCAGAGGGGGAUUAUGAUUUUUGUUUGAGACUUUACCAUGAAAUGCAGGAGAAAGGACUGGAUAUUCCUUCACAUGCGUAUAGUUUAGUGAUCGGUGGCCUUUGCAAGGACGGCAAGUCUAUGGAAGGAUAUGUUGCUUUCGAGAAUAUGAUUGCAAAGGGUUGCAAGCCCAAUGUUGCAAUUUAUACUGCUUUAAUUGAUGCGUAUGCAAAAGAUAGGAACUUGGACAUGGCGAUGGGGCUCUUUCAGAGGAUGCAAAGUCAAGGUUUUGAACCAGAUGAAGUCACAUAUGGAGUAAUUGUGAAUUGUCUGUGCAAGAACAGGAGAUUGGAGGAGGCACUGCAGUGGUUUGAAUAUUGUAAACGCAAUAAUGUUGCCAUCAAUGCUGUAAUGUAUUCGAGCCUCAUUGAUGGCCUUGGGAAGGCAGGGAGACUGGAAGAUGCUGAAAGCCUAUUCGAAGAGAUGGUUGAGAGGGGAUGUCCUAGGGAUUCAUAUUGCUAUAAUGUGCUCAUUGAUGGAUUGGCUAAAAGUGGGAAGGUUGAUGAAGCAUUGGCACUUUUCAAGAAAAUGGAAGACGAAGGUUGUGAUCAGACUGUGUAUACAUUCACGAUAUUGAUCAGUGGCUUGUUCAAAGAACACCGUAAUGAAGAGGCGUUGAAAUUGUGGGAUCUGAUGAUUGAUAAAGGUAUCACUCCAACAGCUGCUUCUUUUAGGGCCCUUUCCAUUGGGCUUUGUCUUUCGGGCAAGGUUGCAAGAGCUUGUAAAAUCUUAGAUGAGCUAGCACCAAUGGGCAUUGUCCUAGACACAGCUUUUGAAGAUAUGAUAAAUGUUUUGUGCAAGGCUGGCCGUAUUAUAGAGGCUUGCAAGUUGGCUGAUGGGGUUAUUGAUCGCGGACGAGAAAUUCCAGGUAGAGUUCGUACGAUUAUGAUAAAUGCCUUGAGGAAGGCAGGCAAAGCCGAUUUGGCAAUGAAAUUAAUGCAUAGUAAGAUUGGUAUAGGGUAUGAUAGGAUACGCAGCGUUAAAAAGCGAGUAAAGUUUCGAAAUCUUGUUGAGAGUUAAUAUAUGUCUGUUCAUUAUGGUAAUAAAAACCUUUUGGUUUGUUCACA